UCGAUCUGAGUAGAGAUAUAGGUCUCCUAAUGGGGAAGCUAAUAGGAAGAUUAUUAGUGAAUCUAUGGCCUAUAUUCAUUUUUAAAUGGAAAUUCUAACGAAUAACAGUGCCGGUGCUAUUAUAUACAAUGCUGCUCUUUAAUAAAACCUCAUAGCUUUUUAAGAAGAAUUAUCGGUUGUAAUGUAUAUGCAUAAUACAACCAUUUUCGCUUUCAUAAAUUAUUCUAGCGUAUCAAAAAAAAAAGCUGUCGUAUGCUAUUGUGAUGUUCUAAAAGUUCUCACAUUUUUUAUUUAAGAAAAAUACAUUUAAUUUGUUCGUGUGUGUCACUAACAAUUGGUUUGAGAAGCAUGUCAAGUGAUUUCAUUCAAGAUCUUUUGUUACUUUGUUAUUUAAGACUUUACCAUUGCUGACCUAACGAGGCUACCUCUGAAUUUAAUUCACUCCGUAUUACAUAUUUUGUGUGUGUCUGUGAUGUGGAUAUUCAAUUACAUGAGAUUGAUAAAAUGAAAUGUUCCACACAUCAGAAGAAAUCAAUCAUGCUGCUUUUAUCUUUCAUAUGUGUCGUCUUUUUGCUCUAUGUUUUGAAUUGUAGGAGUAUGGUCAGUUAUAAUUUUCUUAACUAUAGAAUUUCAGACUCUACUUCUAUGUUAUCAGGUUUUCUUGAUGUUUUUCAAAGUAACUUUUCAUUCAACCAAACAACACCCUCAAGAAAUGAAACUUUACAAUUUAGAACCACGACACGUACACCUCAGUUUACAGGCCUUAAUUCUAGUGGAGAAUAUGAACAUGAUGGAUCUCUUGACGCAAGCUUCAAACUGUUAGGCCAACACCUAACUGAGUCACAUAGAAACACAAGUAGGUAUAAACCUAAGGUCAUAGUUCACAGUAGCAGACGAUAUGACGACGUUUGGACAACAGAAAACAAAACCACAGAGUACAGCAAUAAAACUUCUAGGGAGACUGACAAGAAUGUUUGUCCAGAGAAACCAAAAGAUUUAAUUGGUCUGAGAUUGGGAAAUUAUUCUCACGUGACCAAGUCUGAACUUAUUGAGGAGUUCACUCAGAUGGAACCUGGUGGUCAUCUUCGUCCACAAAACUGUACACCUGGACAGUCAGUGGCUAUCAUCAUACCUUACAGAAACCGCAACAGUCACCUGCUUGUUCUACUACACAAUCUGAUUCCUUUUCUGACAAGGCAAAAUGUUGACGUCACGUUCUUUGUUAUAGAACAGGCAGGUAACUCGACGUUUAACCGUGGCGCCCUGUUCAACGUUGGGUUUCUGGAGGCGGAGAAGUUUCACAGAUUUGACUGCUACAUUCUGCAUGACGUGGACAUUAUUCCCCUCAACGACCACAACCUGUACAGAUGUGGUGGGAACCCUCGACACUUUGCUGUGGCUUUAAACAAAUACAAUUACAACCUUCUUUAUUCGAAUUACUUUGGCGGUGUGGUAGGACUUCUUCGAAGCCAGUACCUUCAGGUGAACGGAAACUCAAAUCUAUAUAUUGGAUGGGGCGCAGAGGAUGAUGAUCUAUUAGUAAGAGUUAGAGCUAAAAAUCUGACAAUGGUUAGAUAUGACGUCAUGACAGCCCGAUAUGAUAUGAUUAAACACGAGCGAGACAAAGGCAAUGCAGAAAACCCGCUCAGGUUCGCUUUGUUAAAAAGUGCAGCUAGAAGACAGGAUGUUGAAGGUCUAAACACAGUGACCAAACACUAUCAGGUGCUGGACAUGAAGCCAGAGACACUGUACACCUGGAUCACUGUCUCACUCGACAACAGAGGGCUGCUAGAGGUGAGAUCUAUCUUGACUGCUCCUUCAUACACAAUGAAUGACAUGAAAGGUACCAAGUUGGUGAUGAAAGUAAGAUAAACAACAACAGCAACAACAAAAACACAAACCAUAAAAAAACAAAUUUUGAUAUCAUUAAUUAGAAGUAAACGUCAUUUGGACGUCAGUCAAAGUGCAAGAGAACGUUGUAUGAAAAAAAAUGUGUGUGUGUGUGUGUGUGUUAGGGUUGGUUAUGAGAACAUUGUUCCUAUAUUCUUAGACAUCAGCACGUAAUACGGCUGGUAUAAAAGUGGAGAUAUUUCAUUCAGAGGGUGGCAGAAUAACAUUGUGAUUCAAAUGCGAGGAACUUCUUUCCUUGGACUAAGUUCAUUAGUAUGUACCAUUUGCUUCCUAUUUGGUCAGAGUUUACAGACAGUGGAAUUUAUACUUAAAUUACGUCAUUAUUUUUGUGAAUAUUUUUUGUGACAAUUACUUGAUAGGAUGUGACUUGAUUAAAAGAUGGUUGUCAAUGUCCACUUCUUUCAA